GAAGAACACCACCGCAAACCAACCCAACAAAAGCAGGGCACACGCAUACACAUCGCAAGCCGCCCAAACCCUACACAAUCUUCGAAUCCCCACCGAAUCGCGCGAGAGAGAAAUCCAAGGCGAGGACGAGGAGGAGGAGAAGGAAGCUUCGAGAAUGUUCCGGAACCAGUACGACACCGACGUGACGACGUGGAGCCCGGCGGGGCGGCUGUUCCAGGUGGAGUACGCCAUGGAGGCCGUGAAGCAGGGCUCCGCCUGCGUCGGCCUCCGCUCCCGCACCCACGCCGUCCUCGCCGCCGCGAACAAGGCCGCCUCCGAGCUCUCCUCCCACCAGCGGAAGGUCUUCCGCGUCGCAGACCACGCCGGGGUCGCGCUCGCCGGCCUCACCGCCGACGGCCGCGUCCUCUCCCGAUUCCUCCGCUCCGAGUGCAUCAACCACGCCUUCGUCUACGACGCGCCCCUCCCCGUCUCCAGGCUCGCGCUCCGCCUUGCCGACAAGGCGCAGGUUUGCACACAGCGAUCAUGGAAGAGGCCAUAUGGUGUUGGCCUCCUUGUUGCUGGAUUAGAUGAGUCUGGAGCCCAUCUAUACUAUAACUGCCCCAGCGGCAACUAUUUUGAGUACCAGGCAUUUGCUAUUGGCUCUCGCUCUCAAGCCGCCAAGACUUUCCUUGAGCGCAGAUUCGAGGGCUACAACGACUACACCCCAGAGCAACUUAUCAAAGAUGCCCUCUCCGCCAUAAAGGAGACGCUGCAAGGUGAGAAGCUAACCAGCUCCAACUGCACCGUUGCUAUUGUUGGCAGAAAGGACGAUGGCACCGUUGAGCCAUUUGAGAUGAUCGACGUGAAGAGGAUCCAAGAAAUAAUCGAUUCCAUGGAGGCUGCCGAGGAGGCACCAGCGGCAGAGGCUGAGUCGAGCUCGAUGCAGGAGGAGGACAAGGGCACGGACGCCGCGCCCAUGGACAUCUAGGCCCAAGAUACAUCUUAUCUCCUCCCUUACACCGUGUCUGAGUUUCCAAAAGACUACUGUUUUAGAAAGCUGUGACUGUUGUGUACCCUUUCUUCAGUACUACAACUUUGCGACGGUCUCUUUGAUCAACAUCGAUUGUGUUUUGGACCGAUUAUUUACAUGUGAUGCGGACAGAAAAUCUCUUUGGUUUCGGGGACCAGAUUACGUUUGCUUAUCA